CGAGCUGCUCACUUGGCUCUGGUCCUCCGGUCGGGAAGUAUGGGGCUGCCCAGGCUGGUCUGCGCGGUCUUGCUUGCCUUGUGCUCCUGCGAUCGCCGCGCUGAGGGUGUGCCUGGAGAGGCAGAGCAGCCUACACCCGAGCUGGUGGAGGUGGAAGUGGGCAGCACAGCCCUUCUGAGGUGCCCCUUGGACUCCGCAGGCAACCUCAGCCAUGUGGACUGGUUUGUUGUCCACAAGGAGAAGCGAACGCCCAUUUUUCGUGUGCGCCAGGGCCAGGGCCAAAGCGAACCUGGCGAGUAUCAGCACCGCCUCAGCCUCCAGGGCCCAGGGCCCACUCUGGCCAUCGCUCAAGUCGGCCCCCACGACGAGCGAGUCUUCCUGUGUCAGAGCCGGCGCCCUCGGUCCCAGGAGCACCGCAUCCAGCUCCGAGUCUACAAAGCUCCAGAGGAGCCAACCAUCCAGAUCAGUACCAACGGCAUUUCCGUGAACAGCCAGGAGCCAGAGGAGGUGGCCACCUGUGUGGGGAGGAAUGGUUACCCGCUCCCUCAGGUCAUCUGGUACAAGAACAGGCAGGCCCUGAAGGAGGAGAAGAACCGCAUCCACAUUCAGUCAUCACAGAUUGUGGAGUCAAGCGGCUUGUACACCUUGGAGAGCGUCCUGAAGGCCCAGCUGGUUAAGGAAGACAAGGAUGCCCAGUUUUACUGUGAGCUCAGCUACCGGCUGCCCAGUGGGAACCACAUGAAAGAAUCUAGGGAAGUCACUGUCCCUGUUUUCUACCCCGCAGAAAGGUUGUGGUUGGAAGUGGAGCCUGUGGGAACGCUGAAGGAAGGCGACCGUGUGGAAAUCAAGUGUCUGACGGAUGGCAACCCUGCGCCCCACUUCACCAUCAGCAAGAAGAACCCCAGCACUGGGGAGAUGGAGGAACUGGAAACCCUUGACAAUGGCAUCCUGGUCUUGGAGCCUGCCCAGAAGCAGCACAGCGGGGUCUACCAGUGUCAGGGCCUGGACUUGGAAGACACAACAUCACUAUCAAGUGACCCCCAGAAUCUUCUGGUGAACUAUGUGUCGGAUGUUCGAGUGAGCCCCGCAGCCCCCGAGGGCCAGGAAGGUGGCAGCCUCACACUGAACUGUACGGCGGAGAGUAACCAGGCCCUCAAUUUCCAGUGGCUGAGAGAAAAGACAGGCCAGGUGCUGGAAGAGGGGUCUACGCUUCAGUUACCCAGCCUGAAACGGGAGGCAGCGGGUGGCUACCGCUGCGUGGCAUCUGUGCCCAGUAUACCCGGCCUGAACCGCACACAGCUGGUCAACGUGGCCAUUUUUGGGCCCCCCUGGAUGGUGUUGAAGGAGAGGAGAGUGUGGGUGAAAGAGGACACAAUGCAGAAUCUUUCCUGUGAGGCAUCAGGGCACCCUCAGCCCACCAUCUCCUGGAACGUCAAUGGCACGGCAAGUGAACAAGAGCAAGACCCACAGAGGGUACUGAGCACCCUGACUGUCCUUGUGACCCCAGAGCUGCUGGAGACAGGCGUACAAUGCACCGCCUCCAACUCCCUGGGCAGAAACACCACCACCAUCUUCCUGACUCGGGUCGGCUUAACCACCCUCACACCAGACUCCAGCACAGCCGCUGGCCCCAGCACCUCCACAGUCAGUCCUCAUGCCAGAGCCAACAGCACCUCCCCAGAGAGAAAGCUGCCGGAGCCAGAGAGCAAGGGCGUGGUCAUUGUGGCUGUGAUCGUGUGCAUCCUGGUCCUGGCUGUGCUGGGCGCUGUCCUCUAUUUCUUCUACAAGAAGGGCAAGCUGCCCUGUGGGCGGUCAGGCAAACAGGAGAUCACGCUGCCCCCGUCUCGUAAGAGUGACUUUGUAGUUGAAGUUAAGUCAGAUAAGCUCCCAGAAGAGAUGGGCCUCCUACAGGGCAGCACCGGUGACAAGAGGGCUCCAGGAGACCAGGGAGAGAAAUACAUCGAUCUGAGGCGUUAGCCGCUGCAUCCCACUCAGCUCCCACCUGGCCUGGAGUGUUUGCGGCUCCCUGCUCACUCUUCUCCCCAGCCAGAGCCACCGAGGGACUAUAGAGAAGACCCCUGCUCCACCUCCCAUGCACACCAGUUCCAGAGGCCCAGUGGGCUAGGACCACAUCCGUCCUCAGAGACUUGGCCACUCAAAUGAUGCUCAUGCCAAGAAGGGGCCCCAGUCUCCCCAGGGCGGGGAAGAGUGUCUCUUCCAGAAACGCUCUUACGACCGUAUGACGGCAGAACUGUCUUCUAGCAGCAGUGGAGAGCAGUGGCCCCUUAGACUGGUUUCAGUGACUCAGCUGUACCGGUGUGAGGAUGCAGUAGGGCCCAGGCACAUUUGUUGUCAAGGUGUCGCAUGUCCUGGCUCUGGACAAUACCCAGCCGAAUCCAGAAUCAGCUGCAGAGUCCAGACGUCUUUCUGCUCACACCGCUUUGGAGCUGCCUUUCUUUGAGACAGGGUCUCACUAGCCCCAGGCUGGCCUUGAAAUCUUCGAAUCCUCCUGCCCCAGGCACCCAAGUGCUGGGUUUAGAGGCAUGCGCUGCCACGCCCAGCCUUUGGGGUCACUUUGUGAUUUUUUUUCUUGGGGCGGAAGCCACGUCCUGGUAUCAUUCCUUCAAAGAUCUGUCCCUCCACUGAGGAAGCUGGGCCGUUUCUGCGUGGAGGCCACUGAGCCUGCAGCUGCUGCAUUCUCAGCUUCCACACUCUUUCAGAGGGAGCAUAUGAGACAAGAGGGGAACUGGGAGAGCUCAGGAAGCUGGAAACAAUGAAGAAAUCCAUUGUCCUUCGUGAGUUAAGGACUAUAAUAUCACACCAAACUUCUACACAGUGAGCUACCAACCCAGACCCUAGAAAGAGAAGGGUACCUAGGGAUGAAAAAUGGGGGCCUUGCUGGGCGUGGUGGCACACGCCUGUAAUCCCAGCACUCAGGAGGCUAAGGCAGGAGGAUCACUGCAAGUUCAAGA